UUCAGUGGCUGACACUGAAAAAACCCUACCUCAAAAUGACCUCUCUUCUCCUUCAACUUCCCUCUGUUCUCUCUCUCUCCCCUUCGGCUUUCUCUCUCCGAAAUACCCAUUUCCCUUCCUCUCAAACCUCUCUCAAACCCUCUUGCUACGAUAAACCCUUCAAAUUCAAAUCUCUCACCAUCUCAUUUGCCCUCACAGAAUCAGAUUCUCCCAAAUCCCUAGACCCAGAAACAGACCCUCAAUCGCUACUCAAACAACUAGCGGACAGUUUUGUUCUUCCACCAGACUAUCUUUCUCAACUCCCUAGCGAUCUUCGCCUAGACCUGAAUGACGCAGCUUUUGAUCUUUCCAAUGGACCAGUUAUUGAUGAGUGUGGUCAAGAACUGGGAGAGACACUGCUAAAUAUAGCUCGCGCAUGGGAACAAGCUGACACAUCAACUUCCACCAAUUUGGUGAGCAGGCUCCCGUUGUUAGUAGGCACUUUGACAGACAAUGCAAAAGCAGCAUUUGGCAAGCGUUUGGUAUCUUCUGGAAGGAGAUUCCAGUCCAUGGGACAGUAUGGUCAAGGUGAACUACAAAGGAUUGCCAAAGCAAUGACUAUGACUGGAAAGCUUUUGACAUCGAGUCAGGCAUCUUCAGCAACCAAUGAAGAACCCAAACAAGAAGAAAGGAUGCUGAAGUUUGGAGAUCUUCAGGUUGAACUAACACCGGAAAAGGCUUAUAUUGGGGCUGCAAUUGCUUUCAUUUUUGGGAUUCUUUCAUGGCAAUUUAGUCAAGGCAUCCAAAGCUCACCAGAAAGCUCAUUGCAGUAUGCAAAUGACAAUGCUUUGCUCCUUGCCAAGUCAUUGCGGGGAGCUCUACUUGCAAUGUGCUACUCAUCAACGGUCUUGUGCGCUUUAUCUACUGUGGGACUUAUUUUACUUGGAGGACAACUGAAGUCAAAAGAAAAUUGAGAUCCUAGCCUUCACUUUAAUGGUUGGCUGGAUUCUUACUUACAGAGAGUAUCAAAUAGCAACACAAAUCUGGAGAGGAUCCUCCUAUUCACCUAAUUUGCCAAGAAGAUGCUGCUUCGAUCGGCCGACCUCAUCCAUAUGAGACUCGUGACGAUAAUGGUGAUUUUUCUUCCACGAUGUGGAAUUAUAGUGUCUAAAAGUAAAAAACCAGCAAAGUAGUCAUUUAGAAACUCCCUGCCUGGUUCAGUUUUAUGUAAUCUAAUAACUGAAAAACAAAAAACUGUACAAAUAUAUGUUUGGUUGAUAGUUUCUAAGAACUGUUUUUUGAAAACAA